AUGCAUACAAAUGCUGCUAGGCCGUUUCGGGCUCACAACUGGGCCUUGUGCCUGCUUCUCUUCGUGUCUAGUGCCUGGGCAUUUUACAUCCCUGGAUACUCGGUCACGCGGUACAACGACGACCAACCGAUCCCCCUGCUCGUGAACAAGAUAUUUUCCGACCACACCCAACUUCAAUAUGCCUAUUUCGACCUUCCAUUCGUCUGCCCCCCGAGCGGCCGUACCCACGGCGGAUCCCCAUUCGGAUCGGGCCAGAGCAUCUCGCUCAACCUGGGUGAAGUUCUGCGGGGAGAUCGCAUCAUGACAUCUGACUUCGAGCUCAUCAUGGGUAAAGAUGUGGAAUGCCGCUCUCUGUGCACUGCGCAAGUGAGCCGUUCAGAUGUCAAGUGGGCACGCCAAUUGAUCAAGGAAAACUAUGUGAUCGAGUGGAUCGUCGAUAACCUUCCCGGAGCUACGAGCUUUGUGACCGUCGACCGCAGCCGCAAGUACUAUGCGUCUGGAUUCAAGUUGGGCUACCGUGACAUUUCUCCGGCCACCGGCCAGUCGCGCUACUUCAUCAACAACCAUUUCACUAUCGUCAUCCGCUGGCGGAGUGCGCCGGAGGGAGGCAAAGUUAUCGUCGGGUUUGAGGUCUAUCCUAAGAGUGUCUCCGCGGAUGGUCGUAAGGAGGACGGUUGUCCCAAGGCCGUGCACAAGGACCAAGAAGGUCUUGGUCUGUAUAUCGCGCCUAACAUGUCGCGCCUGCGCGAGAAGUAUGGUGGACUGUCGUAUAUUCCAGAGGACGACGAUGACGACGAUGGUGCCACGCUGGACAUCCCCUACACCUACUCUGUUUAUUUCCGGGAGGAGAACAAGGUCGAGUGGGCCAACCGAUGGGACCUGUACUUCACCAACCAGGGAGAGGGCUCGAUGACCCACUGGCUGGCGAUUAUCAACUCUCUAACUAUCUCCACGGUGUUGGGUGUGACUGUCUUCGUUAUCUGGAGUCGCACUGUUCAAGGCGAUAUUAAGGGUCGUGGCGACGGUGCCAUGGAGGACCGCAAGCUGAAGGUGCAAUCUCGUCGUAAGCGCUCCGGUGAGAAGAAGAGCGAGGGACUGUUGGACAACGCAGACGUCGAGCACGAUGCGGAUAUGUCAUCGGAUGAUGAGGUUUUUGAAGACACCAGCGGUUGGAAACUCCUCCACGGCGAUGUUUUCCGUGUUCCAGCCUACAGUGGCCUCCUCGCUCCGUUGGUUGGAUCCGGUAUGCAGCUCUUGUUCAUGGCCACCGGCCUGCUGGUGCUAUCCUGCCUCGGUGUUUUGAACCCCAGCUUCCGUGGUGGCUUCGUCAGUGUUGGCAUGGGUCUGUUUGUGUUUGCCGGGGUCUUCUCUGGAUACUUCUCCGGACGCCUGUACAAGACCUUCGGUGGGACCGGAUGGCGAAAGAACACUCUGAUUACGGCUCUUCUCUUCCCUGGUUUGACCUUUUGCCUUGUCCUCAUUCUGAACUUGUUCGUUUGGGCUCAAGCAUCCAGCACCGCAAUCCCAUUCGGCACUCUUAUUGGUCUUCUUGCACUCUGGCUGCUGAUCCAGGUUCCCCUUGUUUACAUCGGUAGCUGGGUUGGAUAUGUGCGGGCGAAACCCUGGGAGCAUCCCUUGAAGACCAACGCCAUUCCUCGUCAAAUCCCAUCCCAGCCCUGGUACCUGCGUAGCCCGGCAGGUCCCCUGCUGACCGGACUGAUUCCCUUCGCGGUUCUCUUUAUUGAGCUGCUCUUCGUAUUUAAGAACCUAUGGCAGGACAAGAGUGGCUACUACUAUGUGUUUGGCUUCCUCAGUGUCGUCUCUGUCGUACUUAUUGUGACGGUCGUCGAAGUCACCGUCAUUGCCACCUACAGUCAGCUCUGCUCCGAGAACUAUCACUGGUGGUGGCAAAGCUUCCUCACUGGUGGAAGCAGUGCCUUCUGGAUCUUCGCCUACUGCAUCUGGUAUUACAUGUUCAAGUUGCAUAUCACUGGCUUUGUCUCCACAUUACUGUUCUUCAGCUACAGCUUCCUCGCCUGUGCUGUAUAUGGCCUGUUGACUGGUACCGUCGGCUUCCUGGCCGCUUACACUUUUGUCCGUCGUGUCUACAGUGCUAUCAAGGUGGACUAA